AGCAGCAGCGCCUCGCCAUCAGAGAGACAAACACACGAGCUCAGAGAAGAACACACACCCACGCAUGACCAACCGCAUCUUCUCCGCCAUGGCAGGGAACCAAGCGUACAUGAUCCGAUUCGACGGCCACUUCGACGACCCCUCGCCGAGCUCCGCCGGCGCCGAGCCGCCGGAGGUGCCGCCGCCGCCGUUCGUGGGACGGGCGAUCUCCCCCGAGCAGGAGCACCAGGUCAUUGUCGCCGCCCUGCUGCACGUCGUCUCCGGGUACACCACGCCGCCGCCGGAGAUCUUCCCGGCCGCCUCCGCGGCGUGCCGGGUGUGCGGGAUGGAGCGGUGCCUCGGCUGCGAGUUCUUCGGGGGAGAGGGCUCGGCGGUGAUCGCAUUGGACGACGCGAAGAGUAAUGUGGCCGCGGCGCCGGGCGCCGCGGCGGCGGCGGCAGGGCAGAGGAGGCGGAGGAAGAAGAAGAACAAGUACCGCGGCGUGCGCCAGCGGCCGUGGGGGAAGUGGGCGGCGGAGAUCCGCGACCCGCGCCGCGCGGUGCGCAAGUGGCUCGGGACGUUCGACACCGCCGAGGAGGCCGCCAGGGCCUACGACCGCGCCGCCAUCGAGUUCCGCGGCCCGCGCGCCAAGCUCAACUUCUCGUUCCCCGAGCAGGCCGCGGGCCACGGCGAGGCCAGCAACGGCGACGCGAGCGCGGCCGCCAAAUCCUCGGACAACACGCUGUCGCCGUCGCUCUGCAGCGGGGACGCCGAGGAGCAGGGGCAGCCGGCGGAGUGGCCGCGGGGCGGGCAGGAAACAGGGGAGCAGCUCUGGGAAGGCCUCCAGGGCCUGAUGACGCUGGACGAAACCGAGCUCUGGUUCCCGCCAACUUCGAACGCUUGGAAUUGAAACGUGCAUGCGAUUAGAUCCUAGCCGUUGAAGUGGUACCAAAAUGAACAUCCUAGCCUUUCGAUAUGACCUUUUUUUUUGCUCUUUUCUUUUCAGCUCUGUUGUCCUUAUUUGAUCAUAGCAGAGUUUUGUAAAUUAUCUGUAGAGUCCAACCAACUGUGUUAAUCAGGCAAUUUUGGGAGUGUGCCUUUCAACUAGGGUUACUUUCUACUACAAAGCAUGGAACACGAGCUGGCUACUGACUUGUCAAGUGUCAA